AUGGUAAACGUGCCAGAUUACGAUGAAACUCCAAAAACUUCAUUCACGUUGUUUUGUGAUACAAAACGUUUACAGAUAAAGGAACAACUGAGCACCGAAGAGUAUCUCAAAGUAUUCGUAUCGCUAUGGGAAAACACAAACCCGGAAGAAAAAGCGGUGUUCAAAAAGGAAGCUGCUCGACUUAAAGCGGCUCAAAAAAAAUUUUACGGUCAUAUCACCCGACCAGUCAAAGCAUUCGACAUUUGGUCCGCUGGAAAACGAACACAGAUAUCUGGUCAAGAUCCAACAGCUAGCGUGCGCGUCAUAAAAAGACGGAUGGAAAUUAUUUGGAAAAAUAUGAGCGGCAAGGAAAAACUUCCGUUUUAUGCUGAAGAAGAGUCUCAGAAAGCUGAUUUUAAGGCUGCCAUUGCAGCUGUGAAAAACGAGUUUAAAAACAACAAAGAAAUACCAAAAGCCAAACGCCCAAGAAACGCAUACAUGAUUUACUAUAAUAUUAAAAAAGAUGAGUUGUCUCAAGAUAACACUUCUAUCGAAAGUGGAACUAUGAACGAAGAAAUAAGAAGAAUUUGGAAAAACAUGAGCAAUUCUGAAAAAUCUCCAUUUCAGCUCGAAGCCAAUCGAUUGAAAACGGAGUAUGAUAAGAAAUAUCCUGAUUUCAAAUACCAACCAUGGCUUAAACGUCAACAAAACUUGAAUGAAGAAACAGUGGAGGAACAAAUUGAAUACUCUCCUGAAGAUAAUGUAUUGGAAGAUGCAAUUUCUUUAUCAACUGAAGCUGAUUCGGAAAGAAGCGACACCCAGUCAUCAUCAACUUCCCCUACCUAUUCGUUAGAAUGUUCUUUUUCAAAUCUAGGCCUUGACGAUGACGAACUCGAACACCUCGAAAACAUUGAACCAACAAUCAAGGUGCAAAAUGACUUUCCUUGGUUGGAAGUCUUCAGAAGUAUUAUUUAA